AUAUUAUAUUCUACUUAAAGCUCUUUAAUUAGGUUUUAAAAACAAAUUUAAGCCUUUGGUGGGGAGUGAUGAGUGAAGAAAUAUGCAGUUGGGGAAUGACAAAAGAAGGAUGGAGAAAGGGACCUUGGACUGCUGAAGAAGACAGAUUGCUCAUUGAAUAUGUCAAGUUGCAUGGUGAAGGCAGAUGGAGUUCUGUUGCUACUGUUGCAGGGUUGAAACGAAAUGCAAAAAGUUGUAGGUUGAGAUGGGUGAAUUACUUAAGGCCAGACCUUAAAAAGGGACAAAUUACUUCUCAUGAAGAAAAACUCAUUCUAGAGCUCCAUGCUAGAUGGGGGAACAGAUGGGCAACUAUUGCUAAAAGUUUGCCAGGAAGAACUGAUAACGAGAUCAAGAACUAUUGGAGGACUCACUUCAAAAAAAAAACCAAAAACUCUAGGAACAGAUCUGAAAAAUCAAAGGCGCCUCUUCUGAAAAGACAACAAUUCCAACAACAACAACAACAAAAACCGAAAACCGAAAGUGACACGAAAAGGGUAGUGUCAUACAACAGCAAGAAGAAGAACUAUUACGCCUCAAUCUUAAACAAGUUAGGAAACAGGAUCGUGUCAUUACUUAAUGAAAAUGUGAAUAAAGUAAGUACUUUGCCUCAAGGGAACCAAGAAAUGGAAAUUUUGUACCCAAACAGAGCUGAUCAAGAGCAAGAUGAUGACUUCUUUUAUUCCAUUCUUAAUGACUACACUCCUGUGCCUGUGCUAGAAUCCUCAUCCAAUGAAGUCAUCAUUUGGGAUGGCUUGUGGAAUUUGGACAAUUUUCAGUGCAAUUUCAGUGCUACAAAUUAUGACAAAAGUUUGGCUAUUCCUUUUCAUUGAUUUCUCAGUAAGUGUUUGUAUAAUAUUUGGUUGAAGUUAAAAAAAGAAUAUCUGAAGUUGAAAUUGUCCGGAGAAGAG